ACCCGAAAGAAAAAAAAAAGGAAACCCAGCCAUGCCUUGAGGAAACCGGUAGAGAGCUUGAUUUUUCCCUUCUUUUCUUGUCCAAGAACCUGAUUUGGAAUCCAGAAAAUCUUCCCCCCUGCAGGAAGCUUCCGGAUCUGCCUUGCUUUGCUCCUUAUCGCCGGCUGCUCCUACUUUGUGGGGGCGAAUUUCUCUGAUUUUGGAUUGCGUGAUUCUUCCCUGCACUUGCCGCCGGCUUCUCUCCCAACUGCAGCUCGGUUUUGCUUGCUAAAUUCUGGAACCGAAACUGAGGACGGGGAAACCACGGGAAGUGACGAGUUAGAAGGUUAGCCAUUAUAAUUGGAUAUGAAAUUUUAGAGAUAAAUCAUGAUCUUGUAAGCUAGAGUGUAUUUGGAGAUUUAUGAUAUUAGAGCAAAUUAUAAAAUUUGAUCUUUAGAUUUUGAUGGUAUCAAAUUAUGAAUUUGAUAAGUUUCGAGUUUUGUGCAUUUGUGGGACCCUCUCGUGAGUGCACGGUAUCUGUCGCGCCUCGAAUUCGGAUUUUGGGGCAUGACAAUUCAGUACCACAGGGCCUGCACGGAUGAAAAGGUUACGAUUAUUGGGAGUCAACCAGUUGGAACAUACAUGUAAAAGAGUACGAUUGUACAAACACAUACAAGCAUACACUAUUUUGAACCUGAAAAACAUACAUUCUCCUCGUUCAUGAGUGUAACUACGGAUGACACCAUGGUCUUCAAUAUCAUUAUCUUUAAUUCUUGCAGACUACUGCAGAUUGGGAGCGCAUGUAUAAAAGACCAUGAAUACC